AUGAGAUCAUCAUUCGCCAUCACAUUGUCUAUCCUAGGGAUCUUCAGCCAGUCAAUAGAUGCACAAGUUGUAGGAACAGCUUCUGGCUUCGCAACUGGCGUUACUGGUGGAGGAUCGGCUGCUGCAGCUACACCAACCAGUUUAGCACAGUUGAAGACGUGGCUUACUGAUAGCACGGCUCGCACCAUUGUCAUUGACCGGACGUGGGACUUCGUAGGGUCUGAAGGAACAACUACAGGGACCUGCUGCCAAACUGCCACUACCACAUGUUCAGGCGGAACUUCUGCUGGCCAACUUACCAUCGCGGAUACAUGUGACAGCGGUACACUAGUUACUUGCACCUAUGACACGGCUGGCCGCACGCCAAUCGAUGUCGGCAGUAACAAGAGCAUUGUGGGCAAAGGAAGCGCAGGAGUUAUUGCCGGGAAGGGCCUUCGUGUCCGAGGUGGUAAUAAAAAUGUUAUCAUCCAAAAUAUUCAUAUCACCAACAUUAACCCAAGGUUCGUUUGGGGAGGCGAUGCUCUUACUCUCGACAGUACGGACAUGAUAUGGGUUGAUCAUUGCAAGUUUUCCCUCAUCGGUCGUCAAUUCAUCGUCAGCGGCUGGGGCCAAGCCGGAAAAGUCACAAUCUCCAACAACGAGUUCGACGGCAAAACCUCGUACUCCUCAGGAUGCAACGGAAAGCACUACUGGACGCUCCUCCUCGUCGGUCUAGCAGACCAAUACACCUUCUCCGGCAACUGGGUACAUGAUGUAUCUGGCCGCGCGCCACACAUGGGCACCACCGUAACCGCAUCAACGAUCUUCUUCCACGCGGUCAACAACUACUUCCAGAACAUCGGCGGCCACGCCUUCGAUAUCGACAAGAACACUUAUGUUCUGAUGGAAGGCAAUUACUUCGACACGGUCACAACGCCCAUGACGUCUGGGUCUACUACUGCUGGUGGAGCCAUCUAUGAUGUCAUCACUGUUGCUGAAGCAGCGGCUUGCACAAGCUAUCUUGGCUAUAUCUGUGAAUGGAAUAAAGCGUAUAGCUCUGGCACGCUUUACGACAUUGCGAAUGUCGCUGUGCUGAGUAAGGCUUCUCAGUAUAAGAGCUACUUGAUUGGACAUACAGCAGUCGCGGAUGUACCUGCGAACGUGAAGGCCAAUGCUGGGAUUGGCAAGAUUUGA